CAAGUAUAGAACCAUCAAAAAGAUAAUUUAGUGAAGUGUUCAUAAUUCUAUUGUAAAGAGAUUAUUAGAGUAUAUAAAAUUUAAAACGGAUUUAUAAGUGAAUAAUUAAUAAUAAAAGGGGAAAAAAAGCAAAGAUGAGACAGGUGUUUAUCAUACUGAUAUUAGCAUCUAUAUGUUUUGCCUAAUCCCAAUUAAGAGGACGCCAAUAAUUUGGUAUAGCUGCAAUUUGAUAUGAGUAGAGAAAUAGGAUUUUAACUUAGAUGAAUAUUCAUUCAUGCAAUUUCAUUAUAAUACACCUCCAAUGGAUGUAAUGAUGGUGAAUCACGAACUUGAGAUUUAGAGAAUGAUGGGAGUACCAGGAGUUGUGAUGAUGAAUUAUGUUUUAGAGGAAUCUCCAUACAAUCCCAUAUCAUGGUGA